AUGCUCUCUCAUGGGCACGAUUUUAGGGUGGAGCUGUGGCUAGAGAGCUUCUUCAACAUCCCGACAUAUAUCAUGUUCGAGCUCUUACUCACACAGUCAACUGAUGUCGAGAUCGCGCAGGGCAAAGCAAUCGCCGAUGCCGCAGCACAGACCAGCACGCUCAAGCAUCCCAUUUGGAGCGCUCUCCCCGACCCGGUCAAGUUAUCGGGCGGCCAGCUCCGAAAUGUGCAUCAUUGGAGGGGCAAGAGCCUAGUGACCGACUAUGUCCAAUCCAAUAAACGGGCGCUUUGGGCCAAGACCACCACCAUCCUCUUUCCGAAUUAUUUUGAGAACUGUUUGACUACGCCAGACAGGUAUCUUCCAGUGAAGGAAGCAUCCGGGAAUUACACCUUCACAUUCCCGCACAGUACAGACACUGUGAUGCCCAAUGUUGCUAUUGCUGACACUGGCAAACUUGUGCGAGCCAUUCUCAAGGCAGGCUCGCGCUAUUUUGAGAAGACCAUCGCGUUCUACUGUGAAAGCCUGUCCGAGGCGGACAAGCUGACCGCGAUAGGAAAGCGCUAUAACAUCCCAACGCAAUACCGGAAGGUUAGCACUAGCCAGUUCCAGCAGAUCCUCCAAUCUGGUUACGGCUUGUCUGAGGAUAUUGCGCUCGAUUUUGUUGAGCAACUGAUGAUAUUUGAGAAGUGUGGCAAUAUUUACGCAAGCGACGAAUUUGUGCAAGCCACCGAGAUCCCUGGAUUGAAGCUCCAGACCUGGACCGAAUUUCUCGACAAACAUGAUUUGCCACUGAUCAGGUCAAAUUGA